GCCAGGCUCCGGCAGCUGCUCGUCAGACCCCUGCGCCCAUGGGGGCACCUGCCAGAGCACCAGCGCUGGCGGCUUCCUGUGUGUCUGUCCCACGGAGCCCGUGGCCUACACGGGGGCCCUCUGUGAGGAGCUCUACGACGCCUGCUCUGAGCGGGUCUGUCCCCACAACCAGACCUGUCACGCAGCCCCAGGGGCUCUGAACCACACCUGCCGCUGCCCUCCCGGCUCCUGGGGCCCCGCCUGCGGCGCGGCCGACUGCGGGGACGAUGGCUGUCCUCGGGAGCUGUGCCACGCAGCCCUGCCACCAUGGGGGCACCUGCCUGGCAGCAGGGGCCGGCUCUGCUUGCCUCUGCCCCCCGGGGUGGACGGGCCCUCUGUGUGAGGAGGACGUGGACGAGUGCGCGUCGGGGCCCUGCCAGAAUGGGGCUCUCUGUGUGGAUGGCCCAGGGGGGUUCCUGUGCUACUGUGUGCCGGGCUUCCAGGGCCCACGCUGCGAGCUGGACAUCAAUGAGUGCGCGUCCAGGCCCUGUAAGCACGAAGCAUCCUGUGUCAAUCGUGUGGAUGGCUACCAGUGCCUUUGUUCCCCUGGCUACGCAGGUCUGAACUGUGAGACAGAAAUAGAUGAAUGUGAGUCAGAGCCCUGCCAGAAUGGGGGUUCCUGCCUGGACGGCGUUGGCACCUACCAGUGUCUUUGUUCCCCGGGUUUCACUGGACAUAACUGCCAGGUGGACAUCGAUGAGUGUGAGAGUCAGCCUUGUGCCAAUGGAGGCCUAUGCCAGAACUUGAUCGAUAGGUUCCGGUGCGACUGCGGCGGGACCGGCUUCGAGGGCGCUCUCUGCGAGGUGGAAGUGCUGGAGUGCCUGUCCGGCCCGUGCCUGCACAAUGCCACCUGUCUGGACGGGCUGGGCAACUACACGUGUGUCUGCCUGCCAGGCUACCACGGGGAGCACUGCGAGAUGGAUGAGGACGACUGCGCGGGGGACCCCUGCCUCCACGGGGGCCUCUGUCUCCAGCGAUCCAAUCAGUCCCUCUACGGGGGGGCCCACGCUGCCCUUCCCGGGACCUUCAGCUACAGCUCGGCGGCCGGCUUUGUGUGCCAGUGCUUGCCUGGCUUUGCGGGGGACAACUGCUCCGUGGAUGUGAAUGAGUGCGAGUCCCACCCCUGCCAGAACGGAGGGACCUGUGAGGAUCUUCCCAACAGCUUCCAGUGCCACUGCCUGGCAGGGUACACAGGUGUCUCCUGCAUGGUCAACGUGGACGACUGUGCGUCUGAGCCCUGCUUCCAUGGGGCGUCCUGUGAGGACGGCGUAAAUGACUACGUGUGCCACUGCCCCCCGCUGUGGGGCGGGAAGGACUGCUCCGUCCUGCUCACUGGAUGCGAGGGCCACGCCUGCCGGCACGGGGCCCAGUGCACACCCACCUACAGGGCGGGGGCCCACAGCUACACCUGUCGCUGCCCGCCGGGCUUCCACGGGCCCACGUGCGCCCAGGCUACCACGUUUUCCCUGGCCCCCGGCGGCUCCUUGCUCGUGGCGCUGCCCGUGGGCGACAACGGGCCCGGGCAGCCGGCGGUGUCGCUGAGGUUUCGGACCACCCUGCCCGAGGGGCUUCUGUUCUCCCGAGGGGACGCCGUGGAGAACCUCACUCUGGAGCUGUCCCAGGGCUCCCUGCGGGCCACACUGAGGAGCCCGGGCUCCGAGCUCGCCCUGGGGCUCCGCGCCCCCUCCCUGAGUGACGGGCACUGGCACCGGGCGGAAGUGGCCCUCGCCCGCUCGGCCCUGGAGCUGAGGCUGUGGCACGAGGCCUGUGGGAGCGCGCCCUGCCUGCGGAGCCGGGCCCUGGUGGAGGAAGUGGCCCUGGACUCUCCGGCCUUCCUGACGGUGCACGUGGGGGGCGGGGCCGGCCCGGGUUUCGUGGGCUGCCUGGAGGAUGUGCGCGUGGACGGGCGCACGCUGGUGCCCCAGGACCUGGCCGAGGGCCGAGCGGGGGUGCGGCUGGGCUGUGAGCGCACCGACUGGUGCAGCUCGGAGCCCUGUGAGCACGGAGGAGCCUGCCGGGACCUCUGGACAACCUUCCGCUGCGACUGCCCGAGGCCUUUCGAGGGCCCCACCUGUUCCCAGGAGCCCCCUGCCUGGACCUUUGGCCUGGGGGGCUCCCACAGCACGGCCUCCUUCCUGCUCAGAGAUGCACCAGGCCCCAACCUCACCGUGUCCUUUGUCCUGCGGACUCGCGAGGCUGCCGGCCUCCUGCUGCAGAUGACCAACGGCUCUCUGCCCGCCUACACCGUGUUCCUGGCCGGAGGGGAGGUCCACGUGGAAAUGGCCUCCGCUGAGGUGGUGGCCCUACCUGGGCGCUUGGAUGAUGGGCACAAGCACCUGGUGACCCUCGGCCUGGGCCUUGGACAGCUCCAAGGGCCGCCUCUGGGCCCCAGCUAUGAGGUCUACGUCGGGGGUCUGGCCUCGGCAGCCUGGGCCGAGCCCUGGGGCGGCAACUUUAAAGGCUGCCUGCAGGAUAUCCGUCUUAACAGCCUCCACUUGGACUUUCUCCCCCUCCUUCACCCGGGCAACGGGACCGGUUCUGGGGAAGCGUUUGAAGGGUGGGCCAGCAACCUUACUCUGGGCUGCGUCUCCGAAGAUACCUGCAGGCUUGACCCUUGUCACAAUGGAGGGACGUGUACCGUGACCUGGAAUGACUUCACCUGCAGCUGCCCUCACAAUUUUACAGGGCCCACGUGCGCUAAACGCCUAUGGUGUCAGGCCCAACCCUGUCCCCCUUCUACCACCUGUGCCGAGGUCCCCGAUGGUUACGUGUGUCUGGCCAACGCUACGUUCCAAGAUCGGCCGCCCGCCGUCUUCACCAGCCACAAUGUGUCGGCCCAGCGGGAGCUUGCGGGGCUCUCCUUGGCUUUCCGGACCCGUGACCCGGAGGCCGUCCUGUUGCAGGCGGCUGGGGAGGGAGCCUCGCUGAGGGUGGCCAUUCACAACGGCUCCUUGUCCGUGUCCGUGCGGAGCGGGAACAGCGUCGAGGGGGCUGCCUUCGGAGGCGUCGCGCCCGUGUCCGACGGGGCCUGGCACCUGGUCUCCCUGGCCAUGGAGGAGCCGGCGGCUUCCCUCUCUCGCUGGUGGCUGCGUCUGGAUGAGGCACAAAACGUGACCCUUCGGGGCCAGGCGGGGAGCCUGGACUUCCUGCGUCACCACGCGCGGGUGGUGUUGGCCGAAAACUUCACGGGCUGCCUGGGCCGCGUGACCGUGGGCGGCCUGGACCUGCCCUUCGCCCGCCCGCCCGCGCCUCUCCCCCAGCCGGAGCAGUUCCUCCUGGAGGGCGGCGGCGCGGAUCUGGGCUGUCGCGGGCGCCCCGUGUGCUCGGCGGAGCCCUGUCUUCACGGGGGCACUUGCCGGGACCUCUUCGACGCCUUCAGCUGCGCCUGCGGGGCCGGCUGGGACGGCCCGCGGUGCGAGGUGGACGUGGACGAGUGCGGCUCCUCUCCCUGCGUCCACGGCCGCUGCAGGAACCUGCCGGGCAGCUACCAGUGCCAGUGCAGCGCGGGCUACACGGGGAGGGACUGCGAGAGCGACGUGGACGACUGCCUCGAGCACUCGUGUCUGCACGGGGCCACCUGCGUGGACGGCCUCCUCAGCUACUCCUGCCGCUGCCCUCCCGACUUCUUCGGCCCCCGGUGCCAGUGGCCCUUCCCGCCGGAAGAAUGCGGCCGCAAUUUCACUUGCCUGAAUGGAGGCCACUGUUCUGAUGGGCCCUGGGGAGCCAACUGCAGCUGCCCGACGGGCUACACGGGCCCGAGGUGUCAAAUUCGGAUACCUGAGUGUAAACCCAACCCUUGCCAGAAUGGUGGCACCUGCCAAGCAGCUGGGAGUGAAGUUGAAUGUAUCUGCAGCAGCAAUUUUGGGGGCCGGCAUUGUGAUGUGGCUAAGGGGCCUCCAGUCACGCUGUUCUCGUUCCCGCUGAUCGAGGUCGUGGUGCCCGUGGCCUGCGGCUGCCUUCUGCUGCUCCUCAUCGGCCUCCUUUCAGGGGUCCUUGCAGCCCGCAAAAGGCGUCAGUCCGAGGGGACCUACAGUCCCAGCCAACAGGAGGUGGCGGGAGCCCGGCUGGAAAUGGACAGUGUCCUCAAGGUGCCUCCUGAGGAGCGGCUGAUAUGACUCGUGCCCUCCACCCCCAGCACACACACACAUCCAAUUCCCAGGCUGGGGAUGGGGCUGUGGUCCGGGGCUCGGAUGGUGAGCCGGCCCUGGCAGGAAGCCUGGAGCCCACCCGCUCAGUGACGACGUACGGGCCCCACUAAAGCCAACUGCAAGGGGGCAAGGAAACCCCGAUCCUCGGGGAUGGGCUACGUCACAAGCUCUUUCCUGCUCCUCCUCUCAGGCCGGUGGAGCUCGGGACUCCUGGUCUGAUACCAGGAAAACUGCACCAAUCCCAGGAGCAGAGGGUCAAGGAUGUGCUGCAGCAGUGAACGCUCUGGAUCUGAAGUCAGUCUUUUGGCCCGACUUUGAAUCCUUUUCCCCCAUGUGACAUUUCCCUUCUUUUGGCCUUGGUUUUCCCUUUGGUAGACUGAGAGGACUGGGUUUGGCUCUUUCUAGGGUCCUUCCAGCUUUAUCCAAUGAACUGACUCGGAUUAUUUGGUUAUCUUCCCCCUCGAUGCUGGGAGCAGAGCUCUUCCUUGACCCAUCCGGGCCAGCACUGUGCAGGCAGCUUGGGACCGGGUGGAGAGGGCCGCAGCGCCCAGGAGGGCCCCACUUCAGAUAGAAAUUGCCUGUCCAGGGGCCCUCCCUCUUGUCUGCCUGACGUGGAGAACCUUCAGCCCCAUUUCCUCCUCCUCAGCCUCAGGAAGAGUUUUUAAGGGAACUGGACUUUCUGAGGGAAUUCUGCCCAGCGCUCCCAGGCCCGGACCGCCGGCGGCCUCUUUCCCUAACCCCGGUGGCAGGGUUCCAGAUGGGACCAAGAGCAGGAAACAUGUAUGAAGAAUGCUUGUGGAGGACAUCACUUCCUCCUUACCUUGGUCUUUGGGUCACCUUUAGGAAAUGGGGAGUAACUCAGGGAACCAAACCCACACGACAAGAGUGAUGCAGGAGAACUAGAGACCGCCCUCCCCUUUCCCCUUCCUUCCUUCUGGUAUCCAUGUAUUCCUAUUUAAGGAAGUGUGCUUCAGCUGGGCUGAGGCUGUGUGUGUGUGUGUGUGUGUGUGUGUGUGUGUGUGUGUGACAGUGUGAGGGCUGAUUUGUGAGCACACAUGUAGCCUUUAUGGGCAUCCCGGUGUGUUCAUAUUACAGUGUACACUUGUGCGUGUAUAUACCUAUGUGUAUGUAUAUUUGGUUAUGGGACGGGGCAAAGGCAGGGAGGAAAGGCCGAGUGUCGCAAGUCUUGGGUUUACUUAAUGCUGGGUUAGAGUUUUGCUGGGAACAGAUCCACAGGAUGCGAAAAUUCCCAUUUCCAGAUGACUUUUGUGUAGCAUCUGGAAAAUCAAGAUGAAGAACUCUAAUCAAGUCUGCGAGCAUCUCCUCUCUUCCCAGACAUGUCAGUGGCACUUUCCUCUCAGUAUACAGGACGAGUCACACACACUGGAGCUAAAUUUGCAAAUUGUACUACUGAACCUGAACCCUGGAGCCCGGAGCCCAGAAGUGCCUUCUCAUGCCCUGAACACGGCUAUCUGACAUCUUGGAUUCUGGUUGUAAUGCGUUGUUUUUAUGCGCUUGGUGGAGAUGGUGAUUUUCAUCUUGUACCACAACAGUGAUGGAAUCUUCUCCUGAACCGCCAAUCAGUGUAGGCCACAUACCGUCUUAGGGUUUCUGAAACCAUCUGCCGGGAUGGAAUGGCUAGUAAGCCUCUCCUUGGUAAGGGAGGAAAUGAGCCACCACUCCUACCCAGGCAACCAGAAAAAGCCAACGGAAACUCCUAGGCGAAAAUGCUCUAGUCUUGGAACAGUUUUUCUGUCUGCUGACUCCAGGUCUCUAUCUCCCUUGUAGCUUUUGUUAAAUCCCUGCUUUGUCCAGAAUCUCUUUGGGGGCACUGUGUCCCCCAAGGCCCACAGGAACUAUGUGGUAGCUGGGGCCACAGAGCUAUCUUUAGUUUGUUUUCCAGUUGUCAUAUAGGGACAGCAAUAAAUAAGUUGGGUAAAAUA